AUGAAUUGUUGGAAAACUGUUUUGGUCACUGGAGGAGCUGGAUAUAUAGCCAGUCAUUGCAUUGUAGAAUUACACGAAGCUGGGUAUGAUGUUGUCGCCAUUGAUAAUUUUGCCAACUCGGUCACGACACAAGAUGGACAAGCACCCAGUUUGCAAAGAGUUGAAAUGAUAACCAAAAAACCCAUUAAAUUUUAUAAAUGUGAUUUGUUGGAUUUGCCAGCUUUGGACAACGUAUUUCGAAUGCAUGAUAUUGAUUGUGUUAUUCAUUUUGCUGCUAUGAAAGCAGUUGGAGAAUCCAUGCAAAAUCCUCUUCUUUAUCAUAAAAAUAAUUUGGUUGGAACAAUUAAUUUAUUAGAAACAAUGAAGAAACAUGCAUGUUAUCAAUUGGUUUUCUCAAGUUCUUGCACAAUUUAUGGAAAUCCAGAAGAACUACCUAUAACAGAAGAACAUAAAAUUGGAGAUGUGACAAAUGUUUAUGGAAAAACUAAAUAUUUCAUUGAGGAAAUGCUCAAAGACAUUUCAGCAGCAGAUAAGAACUGGAAUAUAAUUUCAUUGAGGUACUUUAAUCCGGUUGGAGCACAUCCGUCUGGAUUGAUAGGUGAAGAUCCAACAAAACCUUUCACAAAUUUAAUGCCAUUUAUGGCACAAGUAGCCAUAGGAAAAUUGCCUAUAUUGCACGUUUUUGGCGGUGAUUAUGACACAGUUGAUGGCACGGGAGUUCGGGAUUACAUUCAUGUAAUGGAUUUAGCAAGCGGCCAUGUUGCUGCACUAAACAAAUUAAAAAAUCAACAUAUUCGAUUAAAAAGUUACAAUUUAGGGACUGGUCAAGGAACCUCGGUUCUUCAAUUGUUAAAAACUUUUGAAAGCGUGACUAAAGUUCCUAUACCCUUCGUCAUUAAAGAAAGAAGAGAAGGAGAUAUUGUGGCAAUGUAUGCCAAUGCUUCAUUGGCUUAUGAAGAACUAGGUUGGAAAACAAAAUAUACACUUGCUGAAAUGUGUGCUGACUUUUGGAGGUGGCAAACACUUAACCCGAAUGGAUAUAGAAGUGGUACUUUUGAAAUCAGUUCAAAGCCAACUGCUAUAUGUUGGCACAACAUUAAAGAUAUGAAUAAAAAAACGAGUAAAAACAACUUUUGCAUUUCAAUAAGGAGAUAA